ACAGGGUCCGCCCGGUGGCGCCCAGGCCCCUGCGCCCCGGUGGGCGCACACCAGCAUGCAGCUGCAGUGCCGGAGCGGGGUGCUGGCUGCCUUCGCGCUGCUGGUCCUGCUCCUCAUCUUUGCUGACAUCUCGGAGAUCGAGGAAGACCUCGGGGACUCUGGGGGCAGAGGUGCCAUCCGACCAGCCGUGAGCAGCUUCCACAGCAAGCCCAACAGUUCUUCCAGCGCCCACGUGGGCGUCAACAGCUCCUCCUGGCCGGCCGCUGUGGACAAGAGCAAUGACAGAGCGAGGCCCAGCGCCCAGCCUGCCGCGGCCAAGUGGAGGCACAACCAGACAGUAUCUCUGCGGAUCAGGAAGCAGAUCCUGAAGUUCCUGGAUGCCGAGAAGGACAUCUCGGUCCUGAAGGGGAGCCUGAAGCCCGGCGAUGUCAUACACUACAUCUUCGACCGCGACAGCACCAUGAACGUGUCCCGCAACCUCUACGAGCUGCUGCCACGCACCUCGCCACUCAAGAGCCAGCGCUUCCGCACCUGCGCCAUCGUGGGCAACUCAGGGGUCCUGCUCAACAGUGGCUGUGGCCCCGAGAUCGACACACACAGCUUUGUCAUCAGGUGCAACCUGGCUCCCGUGCAGGAGUACGCCCGGGACGUGGGGCUCAAGACCGACCUGGUGACCAUGAACCCCUCGGUCGUGCAGAGGGCCUUUGAGGACCUGGUCAACGCCACCUGGCGAGAGAAGCUGCUACAGCGCCUGCGCAGCCUCAACGGCAGCAUUCUAUGGAUCCCGGCCUUCAUGGCGCGGGGCGGCAAGGAGCGUGUGGAGUGGGUUAACGCGCUCAUCCUCAAGCACCACGUCAGCGUGCGCACUGCCUACCCCUCGCUGCGCCUGCUGCACGCCGUCCGCGGAUACUGGCUGACCAACAAAGUGCACAUCAAGAGGCCCACCACCGGCCUACUGAUGUACACGCUGGCCACGCGCUUCUGCGGCCAGAUCUAUCUGUACGGUUUCUGGCCCUUCCCGCUCGACCACAACCAGAACCCCGUCAAGUACCACUACUACGAUAGCCUCAAGUAUGGCUACACCUCGCACACCAGCCCCCACACCAUGCCCCUCGAGUUCAAGGCCCUCAAAAGCCUGCACGAGCAAGGGGCACUGAAACUGACUGUGGGCCAGUGCGAUGGUGCCACGUAAGUCAGGCGCCCAUGGGCUUGGUGGUCACAUCUGCCGGAGACACCACGGGCAGACAGAGCCAGGGUGGCACAAACAACAGGGCGAGCAGGCCAGCGGAUUUCUUUGUGAAAGCGAGACAGUGACCAGAGUCUAUGUAUUCCCAACCUGCAUAUCAAUAUUGACCUAAGUGUGCGGUGUUCACCUAGUGUAGGUAGACACAGGAGCAGCGUGGAUGCCCAGCCAGAGGAGACUCGGCCUGCGUGCUGGGGCGGAAGGACACA